AUGACUUCCCGUACUGGCACCUCUGCGACAGAGCUGGGAGAAUAUGUUGGCAACCGACAAAUUACCGCUCCAAUUGAGGCCCAUGAGACCACGUCUCUGCCUCCAGUCGAUGGUGGAAGGGCAGCAUGGCUCUUCCUCUCCGGCAGUUUUUGUAUUGAGACGCUUCUCUGGGGCUUUCCCUUCUCUUUCGGCGUGCUUCAAGAUUAUUAUUCGACGCACCCGCCUUUAUCUCAACACCCCGCAGGUAUUUCCGCCAUCGGGACAACAUGUUCGGGAAUCCUGUACUUGGGUGCGCCAUUUGUGUUCCUCGCCUUCCAGAGAUGGCCGAUGUUCCUGCGUCGAAGUUUGUUCGUUGGCCUGCCCAUUGUCGUCCUGGCCGUCUUCAUCUCGAGUUUUGCUACCAAAAGCUGGCACCUCGUGCUUACCCAGGGAAUUAUGUACGCCGUCGGCGGCAAUCUCGUCUAUUAUCCCAUUUACAGUUUCAUCGACGAGUGGUUCGUCCGCCGCAAAGGGUUCGCCUAUGGGGUCAUGUGGGCUGGCUCGGGCUGUGGAGGUUUGGCAGGUCCCUUGGUGCUUCAAUGGGGUCUGAGCAGGUAUGGUGUCGAGACCUUCUUGCGGGGAUGGGCUAUCGCUCUGUUCAUCUUGAUCGCUCCGUUUCUGUUCUUCGUCAAAUCGCGUAUUCCCCCUUCCAGAACACACCGGGCGCCAGCACGUGCUAUAGUUGCUGGAUUUGGGUUUGUCAAGACAAGACAAUUUUGGGUCAUCGAGAUCUGCAACAUCAUCCAAGGCUUGGGAUAUUUCAUUCCUCAGCUUUACCUUCCAACUUAUGCACGCAUCAACGGUCUUCAUUCAGGCUCACUCCUCGUAUCACUGCUCAACAUUGCACAAGUCCCUGGCGUCAUGUUUCUCUCGGCUCUGUCAGACAAAGUCCCUGUAUACACGGUCAUCCUGAUUUCCUCGAUGGGUUCCACAUUGGCCAUCUUCCUUCUUUGGGGCCUUGCAUCAUCUUCCACUGGCCUUUUAAUUGCCUUUACGCUGUGCUAUGGGUUCUUUGCGGGAGGCUUCACGGCUGUAUUUGCUGGCGCUGCCCAAGAAUUCCGUCGUGUUACCCCAGGCGGAGACACGGGGAGAGCAGACCUGGGGAGUAUGAUGGGACUUCUCGGCGGCGGCAGAGGGAUCGGGAACGUGGCGUGUGGUCCUCUCAGUGAAGCACUGUUGCAUGGCAGCGUCGCAGGAUGGAAAGGAGCUGCAGGCGCCUACUCCGGGAGCUUUGGGCCACUGAUUGUCUUCGCGGGGACGACUGCAGCGUUGACCAUGUCGAGCUGGGUUGCCAAGGUCUUGAAGAUCGUUUGA